AUGGAGAGGAAGCUUGUGUUUAAGCUUGAUCGCCAAGCCUUUGCAAAUGCUUAUGUCGCCGGCUUACGGGAAGAUCUCAAGCUCAAGGGGAACGAGUACAGCGUUCUGCUGUCAAUGUUCACUGCGGGCUCCGUUGUUGGCCAAAUUCCGCACGGUCUCAUCAUCCAGAAAGUCCGCCCCAGCAUAUGGCUUCCUCUCACUCUGACUCUCUGGUCCGGCAUGACCAUGUGUUCGGCGGCAUGCAAAAACUAUCAACAACUCUGUGCUGUACGCUUCCUCCAAGGCUUCUUGGAAGCUAGUGUGUACAGUGGAUCAAUUUACGUCUUGGGAUCUUGGUACAAACCCUCGGAAAUCGCGAAACGAGCUGCCAUCUUCACUGCCGUCGGACAAGUCGGAAGUAUGUUUGCAGGCUUGAUGAUGACGGCUAUGCACAAGACAAUGGAAGGCCAUGCAGGGCUGAAAGGCUGGCAAUGGGUGUUUCUCAUUGACGGCCUCAUGGGAAUACCCAUCGGUCUUUUCGGCUUUUUCACCUUUCCCGAUCUUCCAGAGUCGACAAAGGUAUCGUACCUCAGUAAGCAGGAGGUACAGUUCGCAAUGAGUCGUCUCCCCCCCAAGAAGGCAGACACGCAUAACAUCGAGUUCAAGAGCCUUGCCAAGCGACUUCUCGCGACACCGACAAUUCGUCAGCGCAAUGCUCGAGGCUUUCGCCUUCCAGGGCAUGUCCUCCUCUGGCUCAAGUACAACAAGAAGCGCUUCUCUCAAUCCGCCAUCAACACGUACCCACUCGGCAUCCAAGCCGUCGCAGUCGUGUCGCAGAUACUCGCGGGCGCCUUCAUCGAUCACACCGGCCACCGUCUCCCCAUGGUCAUCUUCGCCGGAGUCAUGCAACUCGUCACCGCCUCGCUGCUCCUCGUACGCAAUCUUCCCGACGCAGGUGUUUUCGCAGCCCACUACAUCAGCGGCACAAGUUUCAUCGUGAACCCCGUCAUGUACGGCUGGGCUACGGUAAUUUGCCAGCGAGCAGGCGAUGAUGCCGUCAGAAGUGUUAUCAUGUAUACCAUGGCCAUGGGCGGACAGCUGUUGUAUACGUGGUGGGGCAUUGUCAUGUAUCCAGCGACGGAUGUGCCGUACUGGAAGAAGGGAAGCAUCACCAUGAUUGUAGUGGUGUUUGUGUUUAUUGGAUACACGUUUUUGGUUAGAUGGCUUGAUAGGAAGACGACGGUCGUUGUGGGGGAGACACGUCCGAGCGCUGAGAAUGAGAGUACUAUGGUUGUGGAAGAGAAGGCUAAAGCGGGAUAA